ACGGGCAGCCUGUGGCUGGAGGUGGAGGACAAGAUGGUCAGUAGGGCAGAGGGGAAAUGGAGGGCGCUCAUCGGUGGAAAUGCCUCCACUGAAGGCCUGGAGGACGAAGGCUCUGAAAGCACAGGAGUCACCAGGGUUGAUGUAGUCAUGAUCCAUCACCUACAGGAAAACAGCUUGACAAAAGAGACCUAUCAGAAGUACAUCAAUGAUGACAUGAAACCACCCAGAGGCAAACUUGAAGAAUGGAAACCAGAAAGAGUAAAGCCUUUGAUUUCAGGAGCUGCAGACCAAAUCAACCACAUCCUUGUUAAUUUCAAUAACUACCAGGUUUUUAUUAGUGAAAACGUGAAUCCAGAUGGCAUGGUUGAUCUCCCGGACUACCACAAAGAUGAUGUAACUCCUCUCAUGAUUUUCUUUAGAGAUGGCUUAGCAGUU